CUCUCUCCUGUCGUCUGACUCGGGCCGGCGCGGCGCGCGAGCAGCAUGAGCGCGCGCCCGGACCGGUGACCGCCGUGGCGAUGGACUGCGGCUUCGUCGCGGGCGGGAGGCCGAAGAGUCCGCCGGGCCGCCGGCGGCUUCUAGUCUUCCUGCCGUCAGGCCGCUGCGGAAGUCCGGGCGGCCGCGGCGUCUCGGCGCGCCACUGCCUGUCAGCGCUGUCUGUGGGUCUGGGGGCGCUGCGGUUUCGUGGCCCGGCGGCCCGCGGCGGCGCGUCACGUGCCUCCCCGCUGCUCCUCCUCCUGCUCGUGCCCUCCCCGCGCCUGGCCGCCGUCGCCCCGCGUCGGCCCCUCGGGGACCGGGAGAGCUCGCGCCCGAGGCCCUCGGUCCCCGCGGCCAGCCGCGGCGGCGCGGGGAGGUACCUGCCGGGCCUCGCCCCGGGCAUCGCCUGGGCCGCCGGCGCCCUCCACCUGUGCCGCGGCCGCGUGGCCGCCCUCACUUCGUCCAGGAGAGAGCUGAGCCUCUCUGCUGGGAGCCUGCAGUUGCAGCACAGCAGAGAUCUGGACCACAAAAGGAGAGAUUUCACCUCUUGCGGGAACAAGAAGCUCUACUUUGACACCCAUGCCUUAGUGUGUUUACUGGAAGAAAAUGGGUUCUCCACCCAGCAAGCAGAAAUCACUGUCUCUGCAUUGGUCAAGAUCACGGACGCCAACAUGGAUAUUGUCUACAAGGAUAUGGUCACCAAGAUGCAGCAGGAGAUCACUGUUCAGCAAAUAAUGUCUCAGAUUGCCAGCGUGAAAAAAGAUAUGAUUAUUUUGGAGAAGAGUGAAUUUUCAGCCCUCAGAGCAGAAAAUGAGAAGAUAAACGUGGAACUACAUCGGUUAAAACAACAAAUAAUGGAUGAAGUGGUCAAAGUCCAAACAGAUACCAAGUUAGACUUCAAUCUAGAAAAGAGCAGAGUGAAGGAAUUGUACUCGUUGAAUGAAAGGAAGCUGCUGGAAAUGAGGACAGAAAUGGUGGCAUUGCAUGCCCAGCAAGAUCGCGCUGUCACCCAGACAGACAGGAAGAUAGACACUGAGGUCGCUGGCCUCAAAACCAUGCUGGAGUCACACAAGCUCGAUAACAUUAAAUAUUUAGCAGUUGCCUUUGUACCACUGAGUGGUGGUGGACAAAACACGGAAGACCCCACUCAGCCGGACCAGUGAACUUGGUCUAACCUGUGGGACAUACCAACACACAAAGCUUCUGAACUCCGGAUGAGCCUGAAAAUCAAGUUCUUUGGCAUUAGUGGUAUCAGUUUCAAAGUGAAUAAUGAUUUGUCUUCAACUUGAUCCAGAAUUAUCGGGGCACCUGGGUGGCUCAGUUGGUUAAGCCUCUGCCUUCAGCUCAGGUCAUG